GCGCAGUAAUAUGUUGGUUUACAUAUUUUUUUCUUAAUAGUUUUCUAAGUUAAGGUACAUGUUCAUAGUUUUAGUAAGUGAUGUGACAGAAUACCUGCUUAAAUCGGAAUUAAAAAUGGAGGACCGAAUAACAGAUUCUUCCCAAAACAAUAAACAACUGCUGGACAAAAUAUGUGAAAAUGAUAAUGCUGAAAAUAAAGACGCGAAGAAAACAAAAAAUAAAAACGAUCACUUACACAUUUGCCUACUCGUUUGCAUAAUAGGGGUUUCAUUAGGAAUAUUAUUAGAGAUAAUCAAUACUCAGACCAAAAACAGACAAGAAUGUAUAGGACAGUUCGAAAAACCAAAGUAUUGGGUAUAUUCCGCCUUUAGUGACGUAGAUAAUAGAAAUGGUUUAUUGAAACAUGUGCAUUUAGUAUUAGGACGAUUAGGAUACGAGAAAAGUACAAAUGAAUCUAACUGGAGUCUUCUCUGGUCACAUGACUACCCAUUUAGGGUCCUAUACCCUAAUUUGCAUAGACUUAAAUCUCACCAGAAGGUCAAUCACUUUCCUGGUACGGGUUUUAUAACUAACAAAGUUGAUUUGGCAACUUCGGAUUCAAAAUUUAUACCCAGAGCAUUCAAGUUACCUCAAAAUAAGGAGGAUUUUAUUAAAUAUGCAAAUGAAAAUAAAAAUGCGCUAUUUCUGGAGAAACACAAUCAGCAUAGAGGAGUGUUUUUGAAAAACGUGACUGAAAUUGAUUUGUCGAGCGGGGAAAGUUUCGUGCAGGAGUAUGUACAGAAGCCUUUCUUGGUAGAUGGACAUAAGUUCGAUAUUGGCGUGUACGUUGUCCUCACGUCCGUCAAUCCACUAAGAGUGUAUUGGUAUAAAGGAGAUGUGUUGUUCAGAUACUGCCCAGCUAAAUAUCACCCAUUUGAUCCAAAGAACUUAGACAAGUAUGUGGUUGGAGAUGACUACUUACCGACGUGGGAGGUGCCCUCGCUGGCUCAGCCCUACACUGCGUUAGGUUUCGGAAUGAAAGACGUUUUUGACAUAUACGCCCAGUCUAAGGGAAAGGAUACCUCUAAAAUGUGGGAAGAUGUACAAAAGGCUAUAGUUGAAGUAUUCAUAAACAAGGAAAAACAUAUAAUUGAAGCUCUCAAAAAUUAUCCAUCAGGAGACAACUUCUUCGAGCUCAUGAGGUUCGAUUUAGUCGUAGACGAGGACUUAAAAGUUUACCUUCUCGAGGCCAAUAUGUCUCCAAAUCUAAGCUCGGCCCAUUACCCACCCAACCAGUUGCUGUAUGAACAAGUAUUGUACAACCUUUAUUCUUUAACUGGAGUGGCAAGAAAUAUGAAUGGAUAUAAUAAUCAUAAUCAGAGAGACUACACAGCAUCACAAAACAUGAUGUCGUCUCAAAAGAACAUAGCAGUGUGGGGCGAAGAAUGUAGCAACUCAUGCAAGGACAACUGUGACCAGAUUGUAUGCGGUCUCUGCAAGCCAUGCCUCAGUCAUAAGUUGCGUAGUAGCUUGUUGAGGGCGAAUGCUGAACACUUACACAGAGGCGACUUUGGGAGAAUAUUUCCUCCAGCAAUGAAACCACAUUCUCUAAUUCCGGAAGAAUACAAGAAUUUAUCUGAACAUAACCAUAUGCAAUACUUAUGGUUCCAAGGAAAAUGUAAUAAAGAUGAAAAUUGGUGUAGCUAA